AUGCUUCGUUUUCUCUAUUAUUCUUUCUUUCUAUCUAUCUAUCUAUCUAUCUAUCUAUCUAUCUAUCUAUCUAUCUAUCUAUCUCAUUGUCUGUCUGUACCAAUGUUUUCAUCUCAUUUCUACAUAUCAACAUCUUUCUUCUUCUAUCUAUCUAUCUAUCUAUCUAUCUAUUUAGACACGUUUUAUCUAUCUAUCUAUCUAUCUAUCUAUCUAUCUAUCUAUCUAUCUAUGUAUGCCAAAGUAAAUACUUUGGAGUGUUGGUUUUACUUUUCAUUAUCUAUGUCCUCUUCUGUUCAUAUCUAUCUUAUCUUUUCAUAUCUAUGUAUCUAUCUUUCCAUCUAUUUACGUUAUUCUCUUCAUUAUCUAUCUAUCUAUCUAUCUAUCUAUCUAUCUAUCUAUCUAAUUUUGUUUUUCUCUUUCUCUAUCUCUCCUUCUCUGACUUGGCGGGAAGCUAGCUUUUAA